UCGAAGCUGAAGUUGACUACGUUGAUGAAAAAAAUAGAAAAAAAUAAAACAAAGUUACGCCAUCUUGGAAAGUUCGUAUCAGUGCAGUUUGGUGAAAGCUCCGUAAAUUUUCCGAUUUUUUGCUGUUUUGCUGCCCAGAAAUUAAUCGAAAAUUAUGAAUCGCCGUGGAGGACGCGACUACGACGACCGUGGAGGCCGCGGUGGCGGAGGCUCAUCAAAUCUGAUGCGUCGAAACGACCGUAAUGGCGGACGGGUAGAAAAACGCUUCGACAAACAGGAGCGCAAUGGGGAAAAUCUGCGAGCCAUACGGUGGGAUCAGGUGAAGUUGGAACCAUUCAAGAAGGAUUUUUUUCAACCCGCUAGUAGCGUUUUGGAGCGGUCUAGGUCUGAUGUGUGCCAAUUUUUGGACAAGAACGAGAUUACGAUGAUCGGUAAGAAUGUUCCGGCUCCGAUUCUGCAGUUCGCCGAGGGUGGUUUUCCGAAUGUGUUUUUGGACGAGAUGGGUCGCCAAGGUUUUCAGGAACCGACAAGCAUCCAGGCCGUUGGCUGGUCGAUUGCGAUGAGCGGGCGCGAUAUGGUAGGAAUUGCAAAAACAGGAAGUGGCAAAACCUUGGCCUACAUUUUGCCUGCGUUGAUCCAUAUCAGCAACCAACCGAGACUCUUACGCGGCGAUGGGCCCAUUGCACUCGUACUGGCCCCCACUCGUGAAUUGGCCCAGCAGAUCCAGCAAGUUUGUAAUGAUUUUGGUCGUCGUAUGAGCAUUAUGAACACUUGUAUUUUCGGGGGUGCUUCCAAGCAUCCUCAAGCAGAUGAUUUGAGACGUGGGGUGGAGAUCGUUAUCGCAACCCCUGGACGGUUGAUAGAUUUCCUCGAAAGCGGAACUACCAAUCUGAGACGUACCACAUACUUGGUACUUGAUGAGGCGGAUCGGAUGCUUGACAUGGGCUUCGAGCCACAAAUUAGAAAAAUCAUUUCUCAAAUUCGACCGGACAGACAGGUUCUUAUGUGGUCGGCUACCUGGCCGAAAGAAAUUCGUAAGCUGGCUGAAGAGUUUCUGCGGGAGUACAUUCAAAUCAACAUCGGGUCGCUCAAUUUAGCGGCCAAUGAGAACAUUAUGCAGGUCAUCGAAUGCUGCGAAGAGUACGAGAAGGAAAGUCGUCUCUUCAAAUUGUUGAACGAACUGUCUCAGCAAGGGGACAGUAAGACGAUUAUUUUCGUCGAAACCAAACGCAAAGUCGAUCAAAUUUCAAACGUUAUCAAGCGCAACGGAUGGAGAUGCGAUGGAAUCCACGGUGAUAAAACGCAAAAGGAUCGAGAUUACGUACUAAAUACGUUCCGACGGUUGCGCAGCGGUAUUUUGGUCGCUACCGAUGUAGCUUCUCGGGGUUUAGAUGUCGACGAUGUUAAGUACGUCAUCAAUUUUGAUUUCCCGAACAACACGGAGGAUUAUAUUCAUCGCAUUGGGCGCACUGGUCGUUCCACCAACAAAGGCACAUCGUACACGUUCUUCACACCCGGCAACGCUUCCAAGGCCGGAGAUUUAGUCGCAGUUUUAAGGGAAGCAAAUCAGUAUGUUAAUCCGGAAUUGGAGCAAUAUGCCCGAAGUGGUGGUCGCAACCGUGGCGGUAACCGUGGACGUUUUGGCGGCGGUGGUGGACGCCAGAUGAGAAAUGACGGUAAAGGCCGCCGCGGUGACGAUUAUCGUAGUGGCAAUGGAGACGAUCGCGGUCCAAAGUUCGGUCGUCGUGAUGAUUAUGGAAGUGGAAACCGUAAUGAUUUCGGUUCCAGAAAUGGCUUCGGAGGAGAUCGCGAUGGUCAACGAGGCGGCGGAUUCGGUGGAAACAAGGACCGAGAUGGUGGCUUCAAAUCGAACGGUUAUAACAACUCCAAUGAUCGCGGAGGAUAUGGCUCCCGUGAUGGUCAAAAGGGUGGAUCUGGUUUUGGCUCGAAUUCCGACAGAUCUGGAGGGUAUGGCAACAAUAGCGAUUCUCGAUCAUCUGGAUCUCGUCAAAAUCAGCAGAAUGGAUCAAGUGGUGGUGGAUUCAGUGAAGCAAGUACUGUAUCAUUGCCGAAUUUCAGCAAACCACCACCAUCGUUCUCAGCGCCAUCUACAGGAGGUUUUACUGCCCCACCUCCAUCACGGCGCCCUGAAGAAAGACAGCGACCACCACUUGCCAGCACUAUUGGCAGUUCAUUUGGAUCUAUGAGUGGCGCUAGUACCACGUCUAGCUACCAGAGCAGCAACAAUCAAUAUUCGUCGAGCCAGUCCCGUCCUUAUGGAUCUCGUCCUAGCGUUCCAUCAGCAGUUGGUAGUGGCAUGUAAAAGCACAUUCUUCUUAGUUGGAAUAACUAAACAGUAGAGAAAUAAGUUGUUGUACUGACAUCAGUAUCAAUCUUUUAAUCAUAAUGCCACAAUCACGCAAGACAACUCAAUUUAGGCACUUAGUUUUUAAGUUUAUAAAUAUAUACAUCAUCUAAUUGUGAAUCAAAUCAUUCAACAGAGUUCAACACUUGGAAAUAUUUUACAAAUAAGGUAAAUCGUGUAUCAAGCUGUAUGUUUAUUUUUAUUUUACUGAAAACUGACAUAAUAAAUCAUGAAACUUAAA